GCUGAAAGAUCUAUUAAUUUUGGAGAAUAUCCAAUGAGUGUCCCGCCACAAUUAGAACGUGGCUUUGGGAUCUAACGUGUUUCAACAGAUCCAUCGGGAUGCAGCUGAUCUCAUCUGUAGGCAUCAAUGCGCUAGCCUUUCCAAAAUUGGCGAACUUGGAAAGUCGCUACCGUUCCUUCGUCAUGGAUGAGCAAAUCAUUCCAAGCAACGGCUGCUGCUAAUCUUGUUUGGGCUGUGCUACUGGGCCAUAACGAACGAAACAGAGCCACAGGCUGGUGUUGUAAUAUUGCUGCGCUAAAAGGAUAUAUAGGUUCCCAUCUCUGCGUACACCGCAUCCAUUGCGCUCCACCCUUUAUUUUGCAACAUUUCAAUUGCUGUCGACACAUCUGUGCUUAGAAUUACUCCAGACGUCGAAAAUACACACACACCUCCGACACGACCCGAUCAACCAAACUUGCAACAUGAUUGUUACACUCGUCACUCGAGCUUUCCAGCUCAUCUUCGCCGCGAUUGUUCUGGGACUGUCAGUCAGCAUGACUCAAUGGCAAGCAGUAGGCAAGGCACCUGCUACGACUGGUUAUGCCGCAUUUUGUGGCGGCUGGGGCCUGGUCGCUGCUGCAAUUGGUCUCAUCGCGUCUUUCAUUGAAGCUAUCCCGGCCUUGGUUAUCAUCGCUAUUGACGCCUUGAGUGCACUGAUCUUCCUCGCGGGUGGGAUUGCACUUACCGUGGCUAUGAAGGGUUUAUCUUGCAGCUCUAGCCUACAGAACUACCCUUCCCUGUUCGAUAAUAAGAUCGUCAACGGUGGAUGCAUCGAGCAGGACGGCGAGAGACUUUGCGGCACCGGAGGACGGCCUGGAGACGAUGAAGACGAUGUCCAAACACGGGCGAACAGUUUGAAAGGCCGCUGCCAGAGAGGACAAGCCGACUACGUCUUCUUAUUCCUCGGCAUGGUCAUGUUCCUUAUGGCUAUCGGAGUGACCUUCUUCGCAAAAAAGCGUGGCAGCAGGAAGAUGGUGGUGUAAGCUUCGAUGUUGGAGGCAGAAGCACGAGAUUACGCGACGGCCCAACAAUCAUCCAUCGACGUCACUGAUGAAAAACACUAAUAACCUGUUUUCACUCUCACCGCGGUUCGCAACAGCGGCGUGAUGAAGAUAACUCUAUAAUCGAUACCCAGACAUCAUGAAUACAAGAGCUUUA